AGCCCUUCCCCACCGUCAGCCUCUCCCCGCCGGCCGGCGGCAGCAGCGCCAUGGGGUGUUUCUUCUCCCGCCGAAGGAAGCCGGCCCAGGGCGGCCAGCUGCCGCCGCAGCAGCAAGCGGGAGCCGGGCAGGACGCGGCCACCGGCGAGCAGAAGGCGCCGCAGUACAGCUGGGACCUGCGAGCCAAGAUUGACCCCAAGGAUUACACUUUUUCCGGACUUAAGAACGAAACUGUGGGUCGACUGCCUGGAAAAGUAGCAGGACAACAAUUUGUCAUUCAGGACUGCGAGAACUGUCAAAUCUACAUAUUUGACCAUUCUGCUACAAUCACAAUUGACGACUGUGUAAAUUGCCAAAUCUUUUUAGGACCAAUAAAAGGCAGCGUGUUUUUCCGUGACUGCAAAGAUUGCAAGUGUGUGGUUGCCUGCCAACAGUUCCGCACGCGGGACUGCAGAAAGCUGGAGGUGUUCUUGUGCUGUGCCACCCAGCCCAUUAUCGAGUCCUCCACAAGUAUGAAAUUUGGAUGUUUCCAGUACUAUUAUCCUGAGCUUGCUUUACAAUUUAAAGAUGCUGGUCUGAGUAUCUUCAAUAACACGUGGAGCAACAUCCAUGACUUUACCCCUGUGUCUGGAGAAAAUAACUGGGGCCUUUUGCCUGAAACUGCUGCAGUCCAAGACUACGUUCCUCUGCCCAGCUCUGAGGAGCUGAAAGCUGUCAGAGUUUCUACUGAUGCUACAAAGAGCAUAAUACCCAUAACUCGAGGGCGGAGACAGAAAAACAGCGAUGAAUCGUGUUUGACCGUGUUUUUUGCUGGUGACUACACAACUGCAAAUGCCAGGAAGUUAAUUGAUGAGAUGACUAGCAAAGGCUUUCAGCUGGUACAGACUAAAGAGGUUUUAAUGAAGGCAGAGGAUGCUCACAGAGUUUUCCAGCAGAGUGCGUUAGAAUUCAUUCCACUGCUGGAAAAAGGUCCAGUGGUUGCUUUGGAAUUCAAUGGAGAUGGUGCUGUGGAACAAUGUCGAAGCACUGUAAAUGAAGUUUUUAGCGGCACCAAGGUUUUUGUAUCGGAAAGCAAAGCAUCAGCAUCUCAAGAUGUAGACAAUUUCUACAAUUUUGCUGACAUGCAGAUGGGAAUGUGAAGUUCAGCAUGAUGGUGCUCACGAACGGUUUGUCUUAGCACUUGGACGUCACUUGGCUUGAAUAUCGCAGUAGUUUUGUCAUUUAGUUUUGUAUUUCUCAUAUAUCCCUUUUAUAAACCACUGGUGGUUUUUAAUGUGAUAUUAUCUGAACUGGAGUAAACUGCAUAGCUAGCCCUGUGCAUAGUGUUUGAAAUUUAAGUUUAACUUCGAAAACAAUUGAGCUUUUCUACUAACUUUUUUACAGUGAUUUCUAAACAUCUAUCGACACUUGAAUGUUUCUCAACAACAUCUAAUGAUUAUACAUAUUUUAGAAGUGCAAUGCUGAUCCAAGUUUGAUGCAGUAGUAGUUGUUAUCGUUCACUCAGACACAUAGUUUAGAAAGUGUAUUUAUGUGAAAUUUGCCCAUCAAAAUUUUCCCAUAUGCAAAUUUGUCUUUACUGGGGGUCCAGGAAGGAAGCUGUAGUCAUUUGCUUUUUCUGAAAGCUUAGUCUGAAAUUAAUUGUCCUUGUAGCAUGCUUUCAAAAGCAGUUUGUGACUUUGGCUAACUCUGCUUCAGCAUGCUUUUUGAAUAAAGUUGUUUGCAGCAGCCUUUGUGGUGAGAGUUGUCACAAUAGCAUUCUGGUAAGUGAGCACUUGCCAGGCUUUUCUGCUUUAGGGUGAAUCCUGAGCAUGAGUGCUCUGCUGAAGCUCCUCUAAGGUCUGCUCAGGUUCUUUGGCAUUGCCAGCUCACACAUAGGCUAUAUUUGAGGUUUCUUUGCACUUGAGCAAUAAACCUCUGGCAUAUUGUUGUUUUCUAGAAGGGACAUAGCCAGUAGUCAGAGAAGGACUCUGAUGGCAUUAAAAACACCUUCUUCCUUGCUAGACCCCAGGAGAAGGCUUUUACUUGCAGAAAUAAUAUAGAAAGUGCUGUAAAAUGCCACACACUGCCAUAGGAUUUAUUUUGUAUUAAUUCUAAAGAGAGAAUGAAGAAGUACUACCAGCAUUUUGUGGGAUGCAUUUGAAUAGUGUUCAGUAAUAAUGCUUAUUGCUAAAUAAUGCACAUUAGAAUGCAAAUCUAUAUGGGUAUUAAAUACAUGAUUGAUUAAUUUUUACAUGUUACAUUUUUUCUAUGUGAACUUAAAGCUUCAGUCCAGGUUUACAAGCCCUCUGUAAUACUUGAACCAAUUGUGCAUGCAGACACACAAAACCAAAUUUCAUAAUUAAAACAUGGCUUGCCAGUUUGCAUAGCCUUUACAAUUCAUUGAAAGGAUUGGGGCUGUGCUGAGGUGCUAAAGCCAUUUCCUCAUUAUGGUCAUCCAUCAAAAGGGAAGAUCUUGCAAAUUUUAACUGACGAUGAGUCUUGACUCGUCAGUUUCACAGCUCUGGAUCUCCAAAGUGGGUGGCUAAAAACAUCUCUAAUUUUUUUGAAUUAGCACAUGAGAGAAUCUCUUAUCCUGAAAUUCAUAAUUCUGUAAUGCCUAAGAGAGGUUCUGAACUGUCACUUUGUUGCUACUGGGCAAAUGCUUGCCAUUAGUUUAAACUCAAGGAUAUGUCCUUAGGACCUCUUGUUAUAGUUAUGCAUAGAUUAAAUAAGGAAGAAUAUGUCCUGAAUAAACUAAACCAUUAGUAUACUGGAGGUAAGAAAAUUGCCACUUCUUUGAAAUGUUUUUAUUUGACAAAGUCAAGCCACCACUAGCACAACUCAUCAGUCAACAUUCACAGGAAUUAAUCUAGACAUGUACAGUAAAUGUAUUAUUUUGGUAUGGACAGUACAUUGAAAUUGUAUAAUGUACUUCAGAGCUGGCAUUGUGUGAUUUGUAUCAGCAGUACAUAUACCAGACUAUCUUGGUCUCUAAACUUCCACAUACAAUAUUUCCAAAGUUACAUGCUGACACAUGAUUAUGUAUAUGUUUAUAGCUUAUUUUUUGUAUCAUCAACCUGCUCUGGAAACAAAGUGCUCAAUGGACUUCGGUGACUCCUUUUGCUGGAGGACAGGAAGAUUAAUAGAAAAUUAAUCUAGGCUUGAAACAGUGGAAUAACUUUUCUACAUGCUGGGAAUGAGCAGUGUUGCUUUUUUUUUUUUUUUUUUUUAACAUGGAUGGUCUGUUUACCAGCAUCAAGAAUUUUUAAUAAAAAAUCCCUAAAUAAUGAAGGAGUUUCUCAAUCCCAUUAUUUAUCUGUCUUUUGAUCUCCAUUUCUUGCUAACAGGUGUUAAGAACACUUCUAGCUUAAGAAUCAAGAAUUCUUUGCAUUACAGAAUGGUACGUGUUUAAUGUGUUCUUUGUACAUUUCUUGUGUAGCUUUUAAUGUAAUUUGUAUUGCACUGUGAAUGUGAUUCAUAAUAAACAUUUGAAAUAUUUGAA